AUGACGGGCUACAAGAUCCCCAGCUCCGUGCUAAUUGUCGGCUCCGGCGUCUUCGGCCUCAGCACCGCCUGGACGCUGACGCAGCGCCCCGAGUACGCCGACACGAAAAUCACAGUCGUCGAUGAUGCCAGCGCCUGCAGCGGUGAGUUCCCGCCGCUCGACGCGGCGAGCGUGGACUCGUCGCGCAUCAUCCGCGCCGACUACGCCGACCCGCACUACGCGGCGCUGGCGGCCGUCGCCCAGGCCGCGUGGCGCUCGCGGGGUGAUGAGGACCUUGGCGGCCAGGGCCGCUACUCGGAGUCGGGCCUCGUGCUCACCGCGGACCGGCCGGCGACUACUCGGGAGGGCAAGCUGACGGGCAUGGACUACACGCGGAAGAGCUGGCGCAACGUGGCGCGCAUUGCGCGGGAGGCGGGGCACCCGCCGGACAAGGUGCGCGCGCUGGAGAGCCCGCAGCUGCUGCGGGAGCACCUCGGCACGCCGGGACGGCCGGGCGACUGGGGCUAUCUCAACGCGCUCUCGGGGUGGGCGGACGCGGGCGAGGGCAUGCGCUGGCAGUACCGGCGGGUCAAGGCGACGGGGCGCGUCGAGUUCGUCGACGUCCGGGUCGUGGAGCUCGUCACCGAGGGGAGUCGCGUGGUCGGCGCGCAGCUGGCCUCGGGCAGCACCCUCCGCGCCGACCUCGUCGUAGUCGCAGCCGGCGCGUGGACCGGCGCCCUGGUGGACCUGCGCGGCCGCGUCGAGGCCACCGGCCACGUCCUCGGCUACGUCAACAUCACGCAGGAGGAGCUCGACGUGCUCUCCCGACAGCCCGUGGUGCUGAACCUCACCUCCGGGCUGUUCAUCAUCCCGCCGCGGGACAGGUUGCUUAAGGUGGCCCGACACAGCUUCGGCUACCUGAACCCCGUCACCGUGCCGCGCGCGCUGCCCGUGUCGCCCGCGGCGCCGCGCGUCCCCAUCGUCGAGGCGGACGCGGACCUGCGGCGGGCGUUUCGCGACCUGGUGCCGCUGCGAGGGCUCGAGGGCCGGCCGUGGCGCGAGACGCGGCUGUGCUGGUACGCGGACACGCGCGACGGCGACUGGCUGGUGGAUUUCCACCCGGGCUGGGAGGGCCUGUUUGUGGCGACGGGCGACAGCGGCCACGGCUAUAAGUUCCUGCCCGUACUGGGCGACAAGAUCGUGGACUGCAUCGAGGGCCGCGGCGGCGAGCUCGGCCGCAAGUGGAAGUGGAAGGACGUGCCGGAGGGCGAUACGGUCGGACGCGAGACAGACGGCCGGUUCGAGGGUCUUAUCACGGAGGAUGGCAGUAGGGGCGGCUACCCGGGGAUGAUCCUCCAGGACGAGCUGGCAAAGAAGGAGGCGGCGAAGCUGUAG